GAGCUUGUAGGGGUUCUCGCGUUCGGUCGCUUUCGGGCCUCGAGGCUUGAGGCUCGAGCACGAUCACGAAGCUCUGGUCGCCGUCGUCAAAAGCUUUAAUGGCGAGUGAUGGGCGGGGCUCUGCAAGGAGCUCGGGUACAGACUGGCCUCGUACUGCCUCGGACAAGCGUCCAGACCAGGGCUCUGCCCAGUGUUGUAGCCUUGCAUCUUCUGGCGACGAAUUUGCACGAGAAAUCGUAGUGAUCUAGAGCUUGCAGGCAUCUUGCCAGGUCUGGUGUAUCUGGACGUCGUGUCCUUGACUUCUGUCCGUGAUUGCUGUUGCGAUACGAGGGAGGGACCCAGAUAAAAGGAGGUCAAAAGGACUUCGUACCAGACAUGGACUACCUCUCGCUAUCUCCCCGAGUCUCGGUCUUGGCUUGUAGUGCUGCAGUCCUACUGGAGGAAAGGAUGGUGGACGAUAGGAUUCAUCCUUCAAGUAAAGAAUCUAUGAUGAUGCUGUGUCUCGUGUUCGUUGAAGAUUUCGAACCUUAUUCUCCAAAGCUUCGACUCCGUGUGGUCGAUUGUGGCCAUCGAACCAUUAACUCAUUGUUGACAUAUUGUACAAAUGUCUAUCGCUUGACCUCGCUGACAGCCAUGGCUUCGUUUUCGUACCACGUCUCCCUUUGCCAUUCAUGACCAGG